AUGAAUAGUGGUGGUCGAGGUGGAGGUGGGGGUGGGGAUGGUGGGACAAGGAUGUCGACCGGAGUGAUGGCAAUGAGGUCUCCUUUUACAGUGUCUCAGUGGCAGGAAUUGGAACACCAAGCUUUGAUCUUUAAGUACAUGAUGGCAGGUUUGCCUGUGCCGCCUGAUCUUGUGCUUCCCAUUCAGAAGAGCUUUGAGUCCAUUUCUCAUAGGUUCUUCCACCAUCCCACCAUGGGUUAUUGUGCUUUCUAUGGGAAGAAGGUGGACCCUGAGCCAGGACGAUGCAGGAGGACUGAUGGGAAGAAAUGGAGGUGCUCCAAAGAUGCAUACCCGGACUCUAAGUACUGUGAGCGCCACAUGCACCGUGGCCGCAACCGUUCAAGAAAGCCUGUGGAAUCACAAUCCAUGACACAGUCAUCACCUACAGUGACAUCACUGACUGUUACUGGAGCAACACCAGGAGUGGGAAGCUUGCAGAACCUUCCACUGCAUUCAUUUGGUAAUCUACAAGGAUCUGGCUCUGGAACCAGCCUAUCCAAUGUGGAUUCCAUUCCCUUUGGAAUCCCGAGCAAAGAUUACAGGUAUCUUCAAGGGCUGAAACCCGAGGUUGGCGAGCGAAGCUUCUUCACUGAAAAUUCAGGAAACGAUAGGGGUCUCCAGAUGGACUCAACACCAUACAAUUCAUGGCCAGUGAUGCCACCAACAGUCUCUUCAUUUCCUUCUUCAAAAUCAAGUGGCAACCCAAUGAUGCAGCACGAUUAUCCACAGCACUUGUUUUUCAGUAGUGAAUUUGCCUCGGGAGAGACUCUGAAACAACCGGAGGCCCAUGCUCUCCGACCUUUCUUCGACGAGUGGCCUAAGACUCAGGAUUCUUGGUCUGGUCUUGAUGAGGAGAGAUCCAACCAUGCCUCAUUCUCCACGACCCAGCUCUCGAUAUCCAUUCCAAUGUCAUCAUCUGACUUCUCCACGACAAGUUCUUGAUCCUCCACAUGAUGAUGCGAGAAUGUGGAUUAGGAAUUUCAACAGCUCUAUUGCAGAAAGCACUUACCAAAUCACAACACUGUGAGUUUUGUGUUUCUAUUUUUCCAGAACUCGGGUUAUUUACUUGGUUGUGUAAUAUACAUUAUACUAUAGAUUCUCAAGCUUGAGUUGACAUUUCGAUUUCUAAUAAAAAAAAAAAAACUGUAUCUGGUGGUUUAGAGAUUCA